AUGAAAGAAGGAAAGAUGAUGGAAGGAGCCGUCGGCAUCGAAGCCGAACAAGAAGCCCUGAUCGGCGAAAAGAACGUGACUACCGCCAUCGGGACCGUUCUCGAGAGCGAUACCGAGACGGCGAUGCAUACCGAUCAUCUCACAAAGACCGCUCAAGGGAGCGUCGGAGGUCUCGAGACCGAGACGUGA